AUGAAAUCAAUAACUAGUAACGAAAAGCAACAACCAUUUGGUAGUUUAACAGGUAAAGAUUAUAUCAUUUUAAUAAUUGAUAAAUAUUUAUGUAAUUUAAUUACCAAUCCAAUUAUAAUUACAUCAUUAAUAUUGUUGAUAUAUAUUUAUUUACAAUAUAAUCAAUUAAUGAUUAUAACAAUACUAUCAAACCCCAAGGAAACUUAUUCAUGGGAUUUCAUUAUGAGUGAAGAUUAUUAUUAUGAUAUUAUUAGUAAUUUAAUUAAUAUUAUAAUUAUAUUAAGAUUUCAAAUUAUAAUUGAAUUAUCAAUUUAUAUUGAAUGUUUAUUAUUUAUAUUACAAAAUAUUAUGUGUUCAUUAAUAUUAAAUCAUUUACAAUAUAUUGAUAAUAUAUUAAUUAAAACAUGUAUUAUAUUAGAAAUUAUGGCACCUUAUUUGGUAUUUAUUAUAUCCAUAAUUGAUUGGAAAACUAAUAAGGAUGAAAGAGAGGAUAAAGAUAAUGAAGAAGAAGAAAGCAAUGGUUGGUAUCAAGGAUUAAGAGAUUGUAAUAAUUAUUUCUUACCUUUAUUUAUCAAUUAUUCAUUACUAUUAAUCAAUUAUGAUUUCCCAAUAUUAAAUGGAGUUGAUAAUGAUUUAUUUUUUGGUUAUUUACAAUUUACAUAUAAAUUAUUAUCAUUUAUGUUUAAAUUAUAUCUAUCAUAUCAAUUUAUAUUAUAUGAAUAUGUGGUAAUCUUUUAUAAUUUGUAUAAUAUAAAAGAUUAUUCAAUAUUUUAUAAAGAAGUUUCCAUAUAUAACAAUAGCUGCAAGAGUAUCAUAAAGAAUAUUGAUAAUAUUGAUUUUAGAAAUUAUUGGAUGUUAAUUGUAUGUGGAAGUUUAAUCAUAUUUGAUUCAAUUGUUAUUUAUAUGAAACCUUAG